AUGGCGGCUCAGGAGUGUGGCCUUCUGGAGAGGGCAACAGACCUGCUCCUCGACAGAAGAGGUGGCACAAACUAUACCAGAAGGGUCAUCCACCAGCCAAAGUGGACACCGCAGCCAGCACCAGUGCUGUGGGUGCCACCUCCAGCACUAUUGCACCUGCAGACCCGGUGGAACUGCCAUUGCUCUGGCCGCAGACUGCUGCAGCAGGACCAGAAGUGGGUGGCUGAAGCCGUGUUUCGGGGGAAUAGCAAAGGCAAGCUGGAGCUGAAGGACAGUCUACAGCUGUGGUACCACCCCCCACCUCCAACUGUCUUAUACCAUCAGGCUCCCACUCCAGACAGGUUCUUCUCCCACCGGCUCCUGGUCUGGAUGCCCUAUAGGCUGUGGAAGCUACGCCUCCAGUGCACCAGCCCUGCCUGUGCCGGGCAUCAGUUGUGUGGUGGUGGACUGCACAGGAGGGUGCGGCAAGUGCUGGACAUCGACAACCACUACAAUAUGGUCACAGAGACCCUUAUCUGCACCAGGUGUAGGUCCAGCUACCUGUCCUGGGGACACACCGUGCUGCAGCAGUUAGACCUGGCCCAUCGGUCCCAGUUCAGGGUCAUCCUCACCCGCAAGUCAUUAUUUUGCCCUCAUAUUCACUUGCGUAUGAGCUUUUUAUGACCUUUGACAGUAUUUAUUUCAAAAAGCGUCCCUGAAAAUGAUACUUGAAUUGAUUUCCUCUUCAGACUUGCCUGUGACAUACGUGUCAUUCGCUUGUUGCGUGAGAGGACCCUGGGGAAUGGACCGGUGCGGCUCAUAGGUCAACUGAGAGAGAACCACAGUGAGGAGUGGUUACAGCGGGUCAGUCGGUACACCUCAGAGUGUAUGGGGUUUCUAAACAAACCCGGCCUCCAACAGCUGACGUUUCAGGAACCUCCACCACCUGUGCCAGUGCCAAGCUACAAGUGGCUCCUCACUGUGUACAGCAAGGACAUCCUCACCAGGCUGGAGGACAUCAAGGCAGCCCUCACCUCCACUUAUGGAUCACAAAGAAAUUGAGUGGGCCAGCGUAGGGGACGGCCCAGUGGCUGACGUCCAUGGGCAGUGAAAUCGGUCAGGUACUGAUUAGUGUCCUGACAGCAGACGAAGGCGGUGGAAUUGAUGCGAUGACAGCGGGGUUGGUGGAGCGAUACAGGAGGGCAGGUGUUGCUCCUCCGACUCUGCUGUAUGUGGACUCCCACUGCUGCAAGGAGGCGGGAGACACGAAGCUGAAGCAGAGGUUUAGUGGCUGGCCAAAUGUAAUUAUCCGCCUUGAAAUCUGGCAUUUCAUCCGACGUCUGGCUGGAGGGGUCACAACGGAUGCCCACCAGCUGUAUCCCAUCUUCAUGGCGAGGCUGUCGGCGUGCAUUUUUGAAUGGGACGCUGGGGACCUUGCCCAACUGCGAAGGGCCAAAAGGGAGCGGUUGACCCAAGAAGGCUGGCCUGUUCUGAUGGAUGCAGAAGUGGACAAGCACAUCUCCAAGGCAGAGCUGGCGCUUCACUGUAAGAGAAGGACACGAGGGACGGACAACACCAUCAGCCUCGUGGACAUGCUCAUAGGAGAGCUUAUUGGGGACAAGGGCAAAGACUCCAUGGGUGUUCUGCUCUUCGACACUGUGCGGAUGAUGCACUUGUGGCGGGUCCAGAAGCGACAUGUUGGCUGCAUUCAGGACCUCCCAAAUGUAGAGCUCUACACAGAAACGGGGACGGUCACCAAGGGUGGAAUUGCCCUGAAAACCUAUAGGUGUGCCAGGGGCUCAACGUCGCUGGAGUCCUUUCACUGCCACCUGGCCAGAUUUAUUCCAGGUUUGUCUUUGCAGAAUAUACCACACCUGUCAUUACUGUCAUUACUGUUUGUUUAUUUCAUUGCAAUUAACAUAAUACUAAUUUUUCCACUGUGUUUCUCUAUGUAAUGUAUUGUGCUUCACUGUUGUGUUUCUUUAUGUAAUGUAUUGGCCUCUUUUGGUUUUCACAGGGAACAGCGCCAAUAGUUUAAAUUUUCAGAUAUAUCUGUUGGAAGGUAUAUUCCGCUGGAAUAAAGACCGUGCUGCAGCUGCUCUUGCUGGUGGCGAAAAUUCACGUGAUCUGCAGUUCUUACUCCACAGAGCAGCAACAUGUCGAGCAACAGCAACACUGCAACACGUGUGGUUAUUCUGGCCAGUACACGGCCGCUCUUUGUAACAUUGCCCUGCCUAAAAGAAGCAAUUUAUCAAAUGACUUGAGCUGUUAGUAAGCUGUGAGAGAAUGAAACCAGAACAAUUCUUUCUACAGAAAUGCCACUUUUUUACCCCCAUCAAACCACGGCAGAAACCUUAAAGCGGGGCUUCUAACAGAGCUGGGUCAAAUACGGAAUUGUUCUGGAUUAAAAUACUUUCCUGUGCUCGAUUGAUCCAACCAAGAGAACCAGUGGGGUUUGCAUUUUUCAUAGGUUCCAAUA